AUGAAGGGAAAUCCAGCAGAGAAGCCAGUGGCUGUGCGUGCCUUCUUUUAUGUGGUCGUCCAUCGAUUCACCGACCCCCGCUGUGGUCCAGAUCCAUGUCAACUGCUUGUGCCCCUCCCCAAGAAUGUCCUCGUCACUUGUCAGCCCCCGCACAUCACUCUCUGCCAGAGGUUUGAGACUGUGUUCCCAUCUGAGAUCCUGAGACACUGCCGACAGGGCGACAAUUGCGGAGCGAAUGCGGCGAUAUCUCUCGGCGAUCGUUUUCACCUUAUCCGAGACACUGGAUAUCAGCGCAUUGCUACGACGAGCACGUCGACACCUAGAGUAGGGGGAACAUACCAUCACCUUCCAUUCGACGACCUAUCCACCCUCUCCAUAGUGGUGACGAGAGCGGGAUCGACCGACGCCGAACACCGACAGCAGCAAGCAACAACGGAGAAGCAGCCACGGAGCCCUGAGCAGAGCCAGAACGCCGCAGCCACGUACCCACCUCGCAAGUUUGGCCCCAAAGCCCAACCAGAACCAGCGCACGCACCCGAGGAAUCAGUGCCAGCGAACCCCAACACACAGCCCGAAGUGUCAUCGUCACCGGCAGGAUAUAGCCUAGCUUCUUCACUCCGGUCUUCCCCAAUCAGCAGCAACUUCAGCCUCUCAGGAGCCGCGACACCAGAGAGCUUCGACCUCGUAGCACUGUCCGAGACGACGUCGAGCCUUCGGUUCCCGAUAUUACCAACAGUGCAGGUGAAGACCGAGGGCGGAGGAGUAGAGGGGAGUACUGGAAACAGGACGGAAGAAGCGGAACGAGGAAGGAUACAGCAGCCCAGGAGGAUGCAGGGACCGGGUGGGAUUAGCAUGUUCCACGGAGUCGAGACGAAGGACGACGCCAACAGCAAGGACUUCCUCAAGAAACUAAGGAAUUUCUUUCGAACGUCGGGGAUCGCCACGGAUACAGACAAAAUCGAAUGCUUCGCGGACCACCUGGCCACGAAUUCACCAGCGGAGCGAUGGUUCGACGACCCAAAGACCGGGAAGGACACGUGGGCGGACGUUCAGAGCGGGUUUUCGGCGAGAUUCCCGGUGCCGAGGGUGAUCGAGAGGACCAACGAGGACAUCGAGAGGGAGCUGCUGGGGAAGAGGUUGAAGCCGGGCGAACUGGGGAAGAGGUGGGAGAGGCGAGGCGGGGAGGUGUGGUCUCACGAGGCCUUCGCUGACGAGUUGCUGGCGUUGGCGAAGGAGGCGAGGAUCGAGGAGACAAGCACCUACAUAUGGAAGGUGCGGGAGGAGUUCCCAGCGAGUCUGAGGGAGAGGGUGGGCACAGGGUACCCGACAUGGGUAGUAUUCUGCGCAGCGUUGAAGGCGGUGGAUGGGAGGGUGCUCGCGGAGGUGAUGGAGAGGGAGAGGGAGAGGGAGGAGAAGAUCGCAGCGAUGGAGAGGGCACAGCAGGCAGCAGCAGCGGAGACGAGCCGCCAGAUCGCAGCGCUGACGGCUCAACUCAACGCGUUGACGACAUCGAGCACCGGCAACAUCCAUCGACGACCAGCGAGCGGCCCACAGACGACGACACGCGCACCGGUGGCGCUGGGGAGUCAGAACCCGAGCGCCGGACCGACUGUCAGCAACGACAAGUGGGAAAGGCUGCCAGAGGUGGUGACUGAGGAGAUGCGCCGCAGAACGCGAGAGCUCCUCGAGCUCUACCCGCAACAGCCGAACACACCAGAGGGCAUUCGAGAGUGGAAGAAUCAGGCGGUUCGUUGGGUCACGGCGAACCCAGGGGAGAGGAGGUCAACGGGACUCACGGGGUUCCCGUUGAGCCCGAAGGCGAGGCCAGUGUGCUCGGGCGAAUGCUUCAAGUGUGGACAGGGAGGCGACGACGACCCGAGGGGUGCGCAUCUGGGCACGGCAUGCCCGAGACCGAGGACGGAGUGGAUACCGAGAGCAGAGGGGUCAUGGAGAGCGUGGUGCGCGAGGGUGUUGGGUAGGGGUGGAGCUCAGAGGGCGGUGGCGGUUCAAAUGGUGGAGGUGAUGGAGGAUGGAGACGACGACGAUCUCGCCUUCUUAGGCCCGGACCUGGCAGCACACGUGAAGGAGGCACAGGGAAAAGCGUGA